GCAUUUUCAUUCAGGCUUCUGCUCGGGCAGCCUUUUGUCAGGCAGGGCCUUGUGAUGAAUUCCAGCUGCCUGUGCUGUCAGAGAGACUUAGCCUGAGCGCGGCUGAAACAGCAAGCAGGAGCUACUCUACCUCACCGACAACAACCAGCAUGGCCGGUAAGAUCCAGUCCCUGACAGUAGAGGAGAGGGAGCACCUGCUGCCGAUGCUACGCAGUGCACAGUGGGUUGAGGUGGUGGGGAGGGACGCCAUCUACAAAGAGUUCAUAUUCAAAGACUUCAACCAGGCUUUUGGAUUCAUGUCACGAGUAGCACUGCAGGCUGAAAAGAUGGACCAUCAUCCAGAGUGGUUCAAUGUUUAUAAUAAGGUCCAGAUCACUCUGAGCACGCAUGACUGCGGGGGUCUCUCACAACGUGACAUCACGCUGGCUACCUUCAUUGACCAGGCCUCAAUCCUCUGAAACACCACCAGACAAGCACAUCAUCAACAACAAUACAAUAAUAACUACAACAACAACAACUCUGUGGAACUCAGAGGCCUGCUAUCACACCACACACAACAUUCAGGAGUCUGUUACUGCAUGUCGAACAGUGGUAUUCUCAAAACCCCUCGACUGGUAAUUAGAAAAAAAAAUGGACAAAUGGACAAAUUAUAUAAAAAACAUUCUUGCCACAAAAUAUCCAGAUCCAGGUCGUCAACACAUUCAAGUGGAUUCAAAUGUUAAAACGGCUUUAUUUUAUUUGGCUAGAAGCAUUUAAAAAACAAGUCUGACGAUUUGGGUCUUGGCUGAUGUUAACAAAGUUUCCAUGGAGACAUGCAGGAUCAAAGGCAUUCCUGCCUUCACCUCUGUUUGCUAGUGACCUCCCCAAAAUGGCCACUACUCUCCUGACAGACCACAAGACGUUCAGGCACUGGUUGAUAAUAGUGAUGCAGUAUAAUAAAAUAAAAAAAGAGAUGUAGUUUCAUGUUAAAAUCUGCUGCUAUACAUUCCAUUUGAAUCAUUUCAAAGAAGGCCUUUGCACAUCAGAGUGUCAGUAGUUUUAAUUCUACAUAUAUAAACACACUACAAAUAUUUUACUUUGUCAUCAGUAUUAACAGGCAACUUUUUUUUAAUACUGUUAUUUUUUAAAGGUACUUGAGACCUUUCACUGAUUUUUAAUGAUGGACAGUUUCUUUGCAUUAUUACUUUGUUUUUUUAACUGCAGAAAUGCUGUGCCUUCCCCUGUGCUGUUCUCUCUUGUUAUGCUGGUGAAUGGGGCCCGUGUUGUAACCUUUGUAGACCCUUGUGCUCAGAAGAAUAAACGGGGUAUUAUGUCCAAAACACA